CCUUCACUGUCCCAUCAGAAGCUAAAAGUGUCGCCCAGAAUGAUCCUUUGUGGAAGUGUGCUGUUGGUGGUUGGAUCUGUUUUGGUCCACGCCACACACAACCCAGCUCUGGAUACAGCAUGGGAGGACUGGAAAUCAACACACCAGAGGGAGUACUUCAUUUUGGGUGAGGAGGCCAUCCGUAGGACCAUCUGGGAGAAGAACAUGCAGCUGAUUGAGGCUCACAACCAGGAGUAUGAGCUGGGGAUCCACUCCUACGAGCUGGGCAUGAACCACCUGGGGGACAUGACGAGAGAAGAGGUUGUGGAGAAGAUGAUGGGCUUCAGACCUGACAUGCAUGCAGCGAGCAAUAACACCUUCGUUCCUGAGUCUGGACCUGUGCCCUCCCGCAUUGACCACCGUACAACUGGUCGUGUGACACCUGUUAGGCAACAGGGCUCCUGUGGCUCCUGCUGGGCCUUUAGUGCUGUCGGGGCUCUGGAGGGCCAACUGAAGAUGAAAGGGAAGAGCCUAAUGUAUCUGAGUCCCCAGAACCUGGUGGACUGCGUGGGUCAGGACACAGGCUGCAAUGGCGGCUGGAUGAUCUAUGCAUUCAACUACGUCCGCUGGAAUGGCAUAGCCUCUGAGAGAGCGUAUCCCUACACGGGCCAGGAUGAGAGAUGUGCUUACAGUAACAGCAUGAUGGCAUUCGGAUGCAGAGGCUUUAAGGAGAUUCCCCGUGGAAGUGAGACAGACUUGACUGCAGCCGUGGCUCAGGUCGGCCCCAUCGCUGUGGCUGUGGAUGCAAGUCGGAAGACGUUUCAUUUCUACAAACGAGGUGUAUACUCUGACUCCGCUUGUGACCCUAACCGAAUAACCCAUGCCAUCCUUGCAGUGGGUUACACCCCUGGUUACUGGAUUGUGAAAAACAGCUGGGGCAAAAAAUGGGGACGCCAGGGGUACAUGCACAUUCAGAGGGGAAAUAACAUGUGUGGCAUGGCCAACUAUGCCAGCUUUCCAGUUCUUUGAAGAUGCAAUUUGCAAAAGAGUCUCAGUGAUUUUUUUCUUGCCUGUUGAAAACAUUGAGAUUUAAAUAAACAUGUGGUGUGUGUAUUCCCACAUUGAUUUGCUCUGCCUGAAGAAAAAUAAAUGCUUUGCGCCACUUGCA